GCGGUUGCUGCACCUCUGCGCCCAAUAUCUGGAUGGAGGCGGCACGGGAUCCAGGCCCGGGGCUGUGCUGCAAGCCCGGCGGGCGUCUGGACAUGAGCCACGGCUUCGUACAUCACAUCCGCCGGAACCAGAUCGCUCGGGACGACUACGACAAGAAGGUGAAGCAGGCGGCCAAGGAGAAGGCGAGGAGGCGCCACACACCCGCACCCACGCGGCCCCGCAAGCCAGACCUGCAGGUGUACCUGCCUCGCCACCGAGAUGGCUCUGCCCACCUAGUCAACCCAGACUGUGAGGAGUCCGGUGAAAGCAGCAGUAGUGGAAGCUCUGAGCUGGAGCCUCCUGGCCGCCAGCUCUUCUGUUUAGAAUAUGAGGCGGACAGUGGAGAGGUCACAUCAGUUAUUGUGUAUCAGGAUGAUGAUCCCAAAAGGGUGAGUGAGGAAAUAUCAGCACAUACACCUCUGGAUCCAGCCAUGCAAGAGGCCCUCAGGGUGCGCAUCCAGGAAGAGCUUGCAAAGCGCCAGAGCCGACACUGACCGGGUUGAAGGCAUUCAGGCAGGAUUUACUGCACUUGGCACAAUUUCACCCAGGGAACUUACCUCUAGUUUGGGGGUAUAGGACCAGUCUAUUGAUCUUCAGGGAUCCUUGUCCUCCCUCUCCAGGCUGCUGUGUCCACAAGGGUGUUGCAGGACCACAUCUGGCCUACCUCCCAGCAGCCAUUCUUUUCUGUAUAUUGGCCCAUUUGUCUGACCUAACAUUCUGGAAUUUUAUGACAGUGUUGGCUAACUUGGCAUUUUGGGACAGAGAUUUCAGGGAGAAUCAAGGCUUUUGAAGCCUUUGCCCACGUGCUGCUGUCUUGAUGGGGUUAUUUGCUAGGCCGUUUCAUGAGCCAUAUUUGUUAUUUUGUGGUUCCUUGAUGUUUCUGCUUUCUUUCACCCAUCUUCCCUUAGACCAGUUGUCACUUUUCCUUUCUCCUGUCUUUUUGCCAUGGGUAGAAUCCAUUUCUCACCCUCCCAACAUGACUGUUUCUCUACCACUCAGGAAUUUGGAAGUGGGGGUUCUGGGAGCCUGCCUUCCUACCAAGUUCUCCGAGUAAUUCUGAUGCCAAUAAAACAGGAGAACGUUGUUUUUGAGGCCUA